AGCCUUUUCCCUUAGAUUUAGUGGCUUCUUUGUCAGGUAUAGGAGCUUGACUAUAAAGUCUUCUAUAAGCUGUGAAUUCUCUGGAGUCUAGGGAAGGGAUAGGAACUUAAUGAGCUAUGAGGGUCUUGCAAAGCCAGAUAUGAAUUAAGAGAGGUAUGUAUGUGGUAGGACAGAUUGGAGAGAUGUGGAGGUUUGGGAGCACUCUGUUCACUCCUUGGUUCAUGAGUUGCCCCUUUUCUACAAACAGGUCUUUAAAAAAUCAUGGAGAAAAGAAACUACACUACUGUCACUGAAUUCAUACUAUUGGGCCUCUCUAGCCAGCCAGAGAAGCAAGAACUCAUCUUUGCGUUGUUCCUGGUCAUGUACCUGAUUGGAGCAGCAGGAAAUCUACUCAUCGUCCUGGCAAUCAGCUUAGACUCCCACCUCCAUACUCCCAUGUACUUCUUCCUCAGCAACCUGUCCCUAGUAGAUUUUUGUUUUACCUCUGCUACAGUCCCCAAGAUGUUGCUAAACAUCCACACACAGACUAAAUCUAUUUCCCGUGAAGGUUGUCUGACCCAAAUCUAUUUCUGCAUCUUGCUUGCAAAUAUGGAUAAUUUUCUCUUGACUACAAUGGCAUAUGACCGCUAUGUGGCCAUCUGCUACCCACUCCAGUACACCACUAUGAUGAGCUUACAGCUCUGUUUUCUAAUGCUGGCUGGCUCCUGGCUCAUUGCUAAUUUCCACUCCCUUCUGCACACUCUCCUUAUGGCUCGUUUGGACUUUUGUGCCAAGAAUGUCAUUCCAUACUUCUUCUGUGAUCUUGUUCCUCUCCUUCAGCUUUCUUGCUCUGACACACAAAUCAACCAACUCAUGAUCUUGCUGGUGGGUGGAUUGAUUGUUCUCAUUCCCUUCCUUUGCAUUCUUGUCUCCUAUAUUCACAUAGUGUCUGCUGUGCUAAAAGUUCCAUCUGCCAGGGGCAAACAGAAGGCCUUCUCCACCUGUGGCUCCCACCUCACUGUGGUUAUUCUGUUCUAUGGAACCAUCACUGGGGUCUACUUGAAUCCAUCAUCAUCUCACUCUACUGAAAAGGAAUCAGUGGCUUCAGUAAUGUAUAUGGUGGUGACUCCCAUGCUAAAUCCCUUCAUUUACUGCCUAAGGAACAAUGAGAUAAAGAGGGCCCUGAAGAAAAUGUUCAGCAGACAGAACUCCUCACACAGUCCAUGAUGCUAACUAAAGCACAUCUUUCCUUAGGAUUUUUAUGCUGGUAGGGACCUAAACCUAUCAACAAACUCCAUUGUUUAAAAAACUUUUAUGGAUUAUGAAAAUUCAGAACUUAGCAUGGAAGCAGGUAAGGAGAAUACAAAGAAAUGCUGCAGAAAGGCACAGACUUAGGAAAGAGAAAGAAGAAACACCUCCAGAAGAGACAAAACAUAAAGAGAAGUAGAUAUAUGUUAACUAUAUAAUUAGCUUGAAGGAGGUUGAUACAGCAGCAGGCAUACCCAAAGUUUCCUCAGUUUUCACACAUCAAGGUUGUCAAGAUGCCCCUAACACAGUGCUCCACACAUAGUAAGUACUCAAGAAGAAUUUGUUGAGUGAAUAAAAAAAAAGAUUUUUUUCCCUGUACUCUUAGUUGGCUUGGUUGUGGGGGUAGAUGCAUCUUUGAUUUCCAAUCUUGCUCUUAAAAACUAGCAUUGGGAGAGUCCCUAGAGAAUAUUAUUCCAGAUCCCACAUCAUACAGGUGAGGAAACGGAGGCCUUGAAAUUUUAUAUGAAUUAAAGUCAAAGCAUUUUUAAAACUACAAAGCUAGGACAUGACCCCAGGUUUCCUAAUUCAAUUCCCCCUCUGCCUUUGACUCCACUUCACUGUCUUGUCAAGGCAAACUUUUAUGGCUCUUCAGGUUCAAAUGGGAAGGUAGGGACUAUCUCAUCACCAACUAUCUAUUUAGGUCUUACAAUCUCAUUUUUAUGUUUUCUUUCUUGUAAGGAAAGGUCAUUUGCCCAAUGCUGAGGGAGGGAAAGCAUACUAUAAGAUCUAGGGUAGAGAUAAGAAAAAUGGCCUAUAAUAAAACCACAGGAGGCAUUCCAAUGUAAUCUUGCCUAGACAGAGGAGGGAGAAUGCCUAUCAAUCAAUGAAUCAUUUAUUCAACAUGUACUAUGUGAUGGGC